AGCCAGAGGUUUCUGGGAAGCGUGGGCUUGUGUACUCUGACAUCAAAUGUGUAAAACUGGAGUCAGCAAAUUGUAUUUGUUUGCCCUCACACUGUUGGGUUUAGCACACUUUUGCAUUUAAUGUGUCAUGUUUCCUGUAGAAUAUUAAGUUUGAUCACGAAUUCAUCAACUUCCCAUUGAGAUGCAAACGAGCCAAGCGUGUCAGGCUGCAAUGUGUAACCUUGGAAGAGUCUCAGUAGCUACAUUUACAAACAAAUAGUGGCUUAUAUGAGGCCCCAAUCAAUGUAAGUUGAUAUUUAACUGUUUGCUGAGUAAGUGCCAAUCUUUUACUCUCAGGAAUUUUGCCACACACGAUCACUUGGUCGCUCCUUUUUUGGACAAGGCAGCACAUUUUUUUUCUAUUUAAAUUCAAGGCACAUUUACGGAUGAUCUGGGUUCCUCAAAAAGAGGGCGACUAAUUAUAACGAAAGUUUUUAAGACCUGCAGAAAAUCUAGCAAAGAACCCAUAAACAAUGUUACGUUUUAAGGACAUGGACCUCUGUCUGACACUCCUGUUGAUCUAUCUCUGCAGCCAAGGAGUCACAAACGCUGAGGUAGCUGAUGAUGCUUCAGUCCCCUUGGUGCCUAUUCCUUUGAUGCCAAGCCACCCCACAGAGAAUGCAGAACAUGCAAGUACAGCACAACCAGAUAUUGCAAAUGCCACAGAUGCACCUGUAAUUGCAACGACCUCAGCUAGUUCACCUAACGGGGAAUCGUCAGAGGAAGAACAAGAUGAGGGCUGUAUGUCUAUCGGCCGAAGCCCGGAGUCAAGGGAGGCCGUUGCUGCUGCCAUCCAGAAACUGGGAGUGCAGCUUCUGCAGAACCUGGAGACAACGCCAGAGCAACCAAAUGUCAUCAUAUCUCCUUUCAGCAUAUCACUAGCCCUCUCCCAGCUGGCUUUAGGUGCAGUAAAUGAGACAGAGGAGCUGCUGAUGCAUCAUCUCCAUGAAAACACUCUCCCCUGCUACCACCAGUCUCUGCAUAAUGUCUUGGUGCAGCUCAGAAACAAUGACCUGCUCAUUGGCACACGCAUCUUCCUGCGCGGAGGGUUUGAGCUGAAGCAAGACUUCAUCAAUGAAUCCCAGCGGUUAUAUGACUCAGAACCAGCAGAGUUGGAGAGCUUGCAGCAGAUCAAUGAGUGGGUAGAGAAGGCAACACAAGGAAAGAUGACUGACUUCCUGUCGGCUCUGCCACCCAAUCUGCUCCUCAUGCUGAUUAAUGCAGUGCAUUUCAAAGGUGAAUGGAAAGCUCGAUUUGACCCGCGCUUUACCUCAAGAGGUGUCUUCUACUUGGACGACAACCACAUGGUUGAUGUUGAGGUGAUGGAAGAUGCCAAACAUCCCCUGAGUUUAUUUAUUGAUAAUGAACUGGAGGCUCAGGUAGCGAGCUUCCCAUUCCAGAAGUUCAUGAGCUUGUUGGUGGUCAUGCCUUUUUCCGGUCAAGUAAAUGUGUCUUCACUUUUGGCAAAACUCAAUAUCUCAGACUUGUAUGCUCGUCUGCCAAAGGAGAGGGCUGUUCAAGUUAAAGUCCCCAAAUUCAAACUGGAGUAUGCUAAGGAGUUACAGGACACAUUUACCAAAAUGGGCAUGGGAAAACUGUUUUCCAGUCCCAACUUGGCUGAUAUGGCAGAGGGCCCCCUGCUGGUCUCCAGUGUAAUACAUAAAUCCAGCAUGGAGAUAAAUGAAGAAGGUGCCGAGGCUGCUGCAGCCACAACUGUGAUCAUUUCACGUGCGUCCAUCCCUGUUUUCCACCUCACCCAACCCUUCUUUUUUGCCCUUAUGGACGAUAUGACCCAAGUGCCGAUCUUCAUGGGUGUCAUCACCAAUCCCAAUCCUGGAGCUCCUGUGUUGCAGAGAGGAGAACUUGGAAGCAAAGAUAAAGUGGGAUUCCCAAUUGACAAGAAUCAUGAUGGCUCAUUUGGAGGCCCACCUAAGUAGGGACUGAUAUUUCAAGGAAACUCACACCAAGACCUUUAGCUGGAUCAAAAGCCGUGUGACAACAUAUGCUUCAUUUAUUUCUUUAUUUCAUUACAGAAUGGACAAACUGAGGAGCCUAGUAUCCCCUUUAAAAGUUAAAUAUUCCAUUAAAAAUAAUUACAAAUUGUUCCUGCACUAGAUGACGUGUCCUGGUCUGGAGACUCUGAAGUGUAUAAAUGUAUACAAGAAAUGGUUUAUAUCCAUAGUAAAUCACCCGUUGUCUAUUGUUUGAUAACAAAUUAUAUUCUCCAUGGUGUCAACAUGUAGAGCCAAACUAUUCUGGUGUAAUGUCGGAGUAUUACAGCAUCAGUGUGUGUGUAUUUUGGCAUAAUAAACUAAAUGCAUCUGGAUCAUAUGUCAAGGUUCAACAAGGUUCUACUGUAAAACAUUUUUGAAUGAAUAAAUCGGUUGUAGCCUACUAUACAGUAUAACAAGUGUAAAUUAAACUGGGCAAAGUUCUA